UUCUUUGCUCCUUUCCUCAUUCACUCGCUCACUCGCCUCAUAUGCCUACUUCUACUGCUUACGUUGCCGCAAGUAGCCAAGUAGGUGACAUUUAAAGCCCCCUCACCUACACCACACUGCACGCUAUUGAAUUUGGUGAUUGUGUGGGUGUAUGUUUUAGAUCUAAAGCAGUUUUCCCUUCAAGAAACUUAAACCCAAGAAUAGAUAAGGGGCAGAGGAAGAUCAUGAGGUUCCCUACUGCCAUUCUCCUCCUCUUUUUCUUCACCUUCAGUAUUGAUCUCAGCAGCUGCAGCUCCAACUUUCAGUUUGAUGCUGAGCUGCAGGUUUCUGCUGAUGGCUGCAGCAGAGAAAAUGUUGGGGAAUGCUUAGAGAUGAGCAGCAAGAGAAUUCUUUGGGCGGCGACGGCUGUUGGUGGCGGUGGAAAGAAGAGGUACAUAAGCUAUGAAGCUCUGAGGAGGGACAAUGUGCCUUGUAAUAGGCCUGGGAUGCCUUACUACAACUGCCAUGCUCUUCCAAAGGCCAACCCUUACACUAGGGGAUGCAGUGUAAUCACCGGCUGCGCUCGAGGCGAUUGAUUCUUCCUCAUCCACUAAUCUUGCCUUCAUGAACUAACUUAAUGUAUUCCUCUAUUUCUGUAGCGGUUGAUUAAUUUUUAACUGCUUAUAAUGUAUUAUUAUUACUUUUAAUUUGUUUUAUAUAUGGUAUCAUGUCUGUUGAGAACAAUGAUUUAUUAUUACUUUUAAUUUGUUUUAUAUAUGGUAUCA